CAUUAUGUUAUAAAUCAUGGAUGAUUAUUUCUCUUCGAUAUUGUGUCCCCCUGUAAAUAGGUAAUAUACCAGUAAAAUGACAGAAGGACAUUCAUUCCUGAUGAAAAAUGCCUGAAAUAUGAGUCUAUGCCACGAAACUAGUGACAUCAAAACAUCUUUUGGAAAUCCAGUUGUGUACCUUAUUUCGAACAAAAACUUAUUUCUAAAUAGAACAAUUCAAGAAUUAUGUUAUAAAAUGCUUUAAUAUGAAAAUAGUAUUUCCAAUCGAGUAAAUGUUUUAUAGAAUAAUUUGAUUUUUAGGCAAUUGUAGCUGAAGUAUAUUCACAAAGGAAUACAGCCCAGUGAAAAAUGUUGAUUUUUCGUAGAAAUAAAUAGUUAUGUAGAAAAUGUGUAAUAAGAUGUAAGCAUUUUAAUUAGCAAACUUAUUAAAAUGAUAAAAUCUUAUAUUUCUGAAGAUAUUUGAAAGUAGUAGAAAUUUAUUCUCCUUCUGCAUUGUUUGAUAUGGACAAUGGAUAAAAAAAGUUUUCACUAUAUAAAGUUUGUACUGGUUUACUGAAAAAUGAAAAAAUGGCGGAAGCAGAAAACCUUGAAAAUGAAAAAGAAUAUUUCACCCGAGUUCAUCUUGCCUUGACGGAAUGCGGAACAGAAGUCUUGUGUAAAUUGUUACUGAAGAAAGUAAAAGACCUUACGCCAUUGGAUCAUCCAUCAAUACCAUGGUCAUUAGACGAGUUCUUGCACUACAAAAAGAAAGACAUUUUGUCAGCUAUUGGCAAAGAAAAAAGCAAGGAAGAUACUCUGUAUCCUUUUAGAAGGGACACUGAUUUGGAAAAAUGGGACAUCUCUUUGUUUGUUCACGUAAUCCUUACUGCAUGCGACCUUGAUGCAAAUGAUCAACUACAUAGACAACUGAAAAAUGACAUUUGUAAUCUUCGAAAUCUGAGGAAUAAAAUUGCUCACAAGCAAACCCAUAAAUUGACAGAAACAAUUUAUCAGUCUUACUAUGGGCGUUUACAAGGUUCCAUCCUUCGCAUAUGUGAAUUUAUACAAGAACCGGAUUUACAAGACUCCUUUGAAAAGAAACUCAAUAAAUAUGAAUACCUUGGUCAUGUUUACGCAAAUGGGCUGAUUACAGAUGAUAAUAAUAAAACCGAAGAAGUCAUAAACGAAGGCGAUGGUACAGUUGAAAGUGGGUUGCAGCAAAUAAAGUCCAUCAUUCAACAAAAGAGUCUUACAGUGAACAUACCAGUUUUGGAUGUUAUGCUGAUGUUUCGAAACUACAACAAGGAUGAUGAACAGGCUGUAUCAGAAAGGCUGCAUCAGCUAUUUUCAGAGGCAUUAGAGAAAGAGAACAUCUUUGAAACAGACGAUAAACAUGAAUGUGUGGAUUUCCGGGCAAAAUUGAGAAACGAAGUGUUGUCACUUGUUCGAAAACUAUUUCAAGAGAAGAGAACCAUUGCAAAAGUAAGCACUGGCUGUCUGGUCCUGACAAUUCAUUGUCCAGAUUUAGACAACGUAAUAUCCUUCAUACAAGACAGCAUAUCGGGAAGGCUGACAGAAUUAUUUUCCUCUCUGGAAGAGGUCAUGAGAACUGAAACAUCAAACGAGAGUUUUGAUGUGUAUGCUGGCAUCACAAAGCAAAGCUGUUGGAGUCUCCUCAACACACUUUUUUGCGAUGUAUCGAAGGCUUGUCAUCAUAGCCGUUUCCUCAUUGAAAGUAUUAGACAAAACGAAGGUGUUUCUAUCAGAAUUUUAAACUUCCUUGAGAACAUCCAAGAAAAGGAACACACAGCGGAUUAUAUUGCAUCAAAUCAGACAGACGAAAUAAGACUGCAAUUGUCAGAGAACCUGGAACAAUAUAUUUAUCAGUCUGGUUUGGAAAUGGAUCUUUUUAUACAAGGAAAAUAUGAGAAAAGUAAUGUAAAAGAGUCGCCAGUUCAAGAACUGUGUUACUAUGAGCAAAACCCAACUGGACCCGAUAAAAUACCACGGGUCAGAAGAUCUUCAUCGGUGUCUUGUAUAUUUUCAAACAAGAACGAAGACUUACGAGAAGAAGUGGACAGCCUCGAAGGUAUUGGCUCUAACGGCGUUCAGAAAUGGCUCGACGAUUUCGAAACGCACCGGAGAGAGGGAAAUGCGAUACGCUCGAACCUUCUCGAAUCGCUUGAUGUUACUCACGACUACACCAUGACAAGCAUCUGA